AUGGCUUCAAACUUGACAUUGUUGAAACAGUGUGAGAAAAUAAUUCAUGCUAAAGUUAUAAAUGACCCAAGUAGAGGAGCUUGGUUUCUAACAUGUAUUUAUGGUACUCCCUAUAUCCAUGAAAAAUCAUCUCAAAAGACUUAUAUUUCUCAACUUAGUAAUUCUAUAGACACCCCUUGGGUGGUUAUUGGUGAUUUGAACAUCACUCUUUCUCCUAAUGAUAGAAGUACUCAAAAUACUUCUAGUGAAAUUCUUGAUUUAAUCAAUGAUUUUGAUUUAUCUGAUAUGGGAUUUUGUGGUAACCCUUUUACGUGGUCUAGCAACAAACACGGUACUGGUCAAAUUAAAUCUAGAUUGGACAGGACUAUAGUAAACAACAACUGGUUUAUUUCCUACCCAAAGUCUAUUCUUACUCACUUAGCUCAGAAUGGUUCUGACCAUGCCCCUAUUUUACUAGAAAUGUGUAAACAAAAUAAAGUUACGGGUAGAAACUGGAAGUUCUUUGAACACUGGUUAUCUCAACAUAGUUGUUCUGACGAAAUUAAAAAUGCUUGGUCUGCUAGAUUUUCUGGUUCUAAUGCUUUUGUUUUUACUAAUAAACCGCAACAUAAUAUUACUUCUCUUCAAGCUUCUGAUAUCAGUGGUUCUAAUACUGAAGAAAUAGUUAAAUUGGAGAAACAAAUCAGAAAACUUAAUGAUAUUCAAGCGAGUUCGAACAGACAGAAAUCUCGAGAUCAUUUCUAUAAUGAUAUGGACCUGAACUCUAAGUACUUCCAUAUUAGAAUGAAUAGAAGAAAAUCUCGCAACAGAAUAGAUUCAUUAUUGGCUCCAGAUGGCACAUGGUGUAAUGAUAGAGAUUCUCUCGCAGCUCUUCUCAAGAAUCACUUUCAUAAUAUUAUGACAUCUUCAACACCAGCAGACAUCACCAGUUUUCUCCAAUAUAUACCUUAA